AUGACCUGCACAAACGAGAAGCUUCACAUGAUCUGCACAGACGAGAAGGCCUACAUGACCUGCACAGACGAGAAGGCCUACAUGACCUGCACAGACGAGAAGGCCUACAUGACCUGCACAGACGAGAAGGCCUGCAUGACCUGCACAGAUGAGAAGGCCUACAUGACCUGCACAGACAAGAAGGCCUGCAUGACCUGCACAGACGAGAAGGCUAACAUGACCUGUACAGACGAGAAGGCCUACAUGACCUGCGCAGACGAUAAGGCCUUCAUGACCUGCACAGACGAGAAGGCCUACAUGACCUGCACAGACGAGAAGGCCUACAUGACCUGCACAGACGAGAAGGCUAACAUGACCUGUACAGACGAGAAGGCCUACAUGACCUGCGCAGACGAGAAGGCCUACAUGAUCUGUACAGACGAGAAGGCCUACAUGACCUGUACAGACGAGAAGGCCUGCAUGACCUGCACAGAUGAGAAGGCCUACAUGACCUGCACAGACGAGAAGGCCUGCAUGACCUGCACAGACGAAAAGGCUAACAUGACCUGUACAGACGAGAAGGCCUACAUGACCUGCGCAGACGAGAAGGCCUACAUGAUCUGUACAGACGAGAAGGCCUACAUGACCUGUACAGACGAUAAGGCCUUCAUGACCUGCACAGACGAGAAGGCCUACAUGACCUGCACAGACGAGAAGGCCUACAUGACCUGCACAGACGGGAAGGCCUACAUGACCUGCACAGACGAGAAGGCCUGCAUGAUCUGCACAGACGAGAAGGCCUACAUGACCUGCACAGACAAGAAGGCCUGCAUGACCUGCACAGACGAGAUGGCUAACAUGACCUGUACAGACGAGAAGGCCUACAUGACCUGCGCAGACGAGAAGGCCUAG